AUGGAUGAAGCUUUGUCGAGCGCCUCUUCAAUCAGUGACCAGCGUCAGAAGAUCGAACAGUACAAACUCAUCCUCUCUUCUGUUCUUUCCUCCAACGAUCUUCUUCAAGCGAAGAAAUUCAUCGAUCACAUUCUCUCCGACGAUGUACCGUUGGUGGUUUCGAGACAGCUUUUGCAGUCUUUUGCUCAAGAACUCGGGAGAUUGGAACCGGAAACGCAGAAAGAGAUUGCGCAGUUUACACUCACUCAGAUUCAGCCGAGAGUUGUUUCCUUCGAGGAACAGGCACUUGUUAUCAGAGAAAAACUUGCGGGAUUGUAUGAAUCAGAGCAGGAAUGGUCAAAAGCUGCCCAGAUGUUGAGUGGCAUUGAUCUCGACUCUGGAAUGAGGGCUGUUGACGACAACUUCAAGCUCUCAAAGUGUAUCCAAAUUGCUCGUUUGUAUCUCGAGGAUGAUGAUGCUGUAAAUGCAGAGGCUUUUAUAAAUAAAGCUUCUUUCUUAGUGAGCAGUAGUCAGAAUGAAGUUUUGAAUUUGCAGUACAAGGUCUGCUAUGCUAGAAUUUUGGACAUGAAAAGAAAGUUCCUAGAGGCUGCUCUUCGGUAUUACGGCAUAUCUCAGAUUGAAAAACGCCAAAUAGGGGAUGAAGAAAUUGAUGAGAAUGCAUUAGAGCAGGCCCUAUCCGCUGCUGUCACAUGUACCAUAUUAGCUGGAGCCGGUCCACAACGUUCUCGUGUUCUUGCAACUUUAUAUAAAGAUGAGCGAUGCUCCAAGCUGAAGAUUUAUCCCAUCCUGCAGAAGGUGUAUCUUGAAAGGAUUUUGAGGAAACCAGAGAUUGAUGCUUUUGCAGAAGAACUUAGGCCACAUCAGAAAGCAUAUUUGCCUGACAAAUCUACUGUUCUUGACCGUGCCAUGAUUGAGCAUAAUCUUCUAAGUGCAAGCAAACUUUACACAAACAUAAGGUUUGAUGAAUUGGGAACUCUGCUGGGGAUUGAUCCAAGAAAGGCGGAGAAGAUAGCAGCGAAUAUGAUUGGCCAGGACAGAAUGAGGGGUUCCAUAGAUCAGGAGGAGGCUGUGAUACAUUUUGAGGAUGACAUUGAGGAGCUACAACAAUGGGAUCAACAGAUAUCGGGAUUAUGCCAAGCUCUCAAUGAUAUUCUGGAUGGCAUGGCGAAGAAAGGCUUGCCUGUUCCUGUCUGA